AUGGGCGGUAUAAAAGCAGUUAUAUUGGUUGGUGGACCUAGCAAGGGUACUAGAUUCCGUCCACUCUCUUUGGACGAUGUACCCAAGUUAUUGUUCCCAAUCGCAGGUAGACCAAUGAUCUAUCAUCACAUUGAGGCAUGCUCAAAGGUCAAGGGUAUCACCGAGGUCAUCCUACUCGGCUUCUUCCCAGAGAAUCAGUUGGCUGCCUUUAUCGACGCAACUUCAAAGGAGCUCAACGUUCCCAUCAGAUAUAUCAAUGAGGUUAAGGUGCUGGGAACUGCUGGAGGACUUAGCAGAUACCGCGAUCAGAUAUUGUCUGGCUCACCAGACUAUGUGUUCAUCCUGCACUCUGACAUCUGCUGCUCAUUCCCAAUGCAGUCAUUGCUUGAGUUCCACAUCAAGCAUGGCAAGACAUGCACCAUCAUGGGUAUGACCGUCGAGAAGAAGGAGUACGCCAAUCAAUACGGCUGUCUCAUUCGUGAUGAGAGCACCAAUGAGUUGCUGCACUAUGCUGAGAAGCCAGAGACCUUUGUGUCUGACUGCAUCAACUGUGGAGUCUACUGUAUCACACCAGCCUUCUUUGACACGAUGGCCAAGACCAGCAAUGAGCUUCAACUCUCAAUGCAGAAUGUAUCCUUAGAGUAUCCAGAGAUCCUUAAGAAGGGAGUCGAGCAGGGUCGUCUUAGACUUGAGCAGGACAUCUUUGUGCCAUUGGCUGGCUCUGGAUCGAUUGUAGUAUAUCCUUACACUGGCUUCUGGCGUCAGAUUAAGAAUGCAGGAUCACCAGUGUAUUGCCAGGAGUUGUAUUUGAACCAUUAUGCCAAGACUAAGCCAGAGGCUUUGUCCAAGGGCGAGAACAUCACUGGCAACGUAAUCAUCCACCCCUCAGCCACAGUGGACCCAACCUCAAAGAUUGGACCCAACGUGUACAUUGGACCAAACGUCAAGAUUGGCAAGGGCGUCAGAGUGCUCAACUCUAUAAUAUUGGAUGAGACUGAGGUCAAGGACCGCGCAUGUAUUCUUUAUAGCAUCAUUGGAUGGAGAAGUGAGAUUGGAUUCUGGGCAAGAAUCGAGGGUAUUCCAAACUAUACUCCAUUCCUCUACAGCCAGGACAAGAGAAAGGGUAUCACAAUCUUUGGCGCUGGCGCCCAGGCCAACGGCGAGAUUAUUGUCUCAAACUGCAUCGUCAUGCCUCAUAAGCAAUUGGACAGGAACUACAACAACGAGAUCAUCCUGUAG